AUGAAGUAUAGUGUGUAUAGUUGUGGAUCUAAUGGGAAUUUCCAGUUGGGAAAUAAGACAGACAUUGAUUUGAAUAAAUUGUCGAUAAGUUAUUUUGAUGAAGAGAGUGUGUUGAGUAACAGGCCAGUUAAGAUAAUAGGAGGAGGGAAUCAUACGUUGGUAUUGUUUGAGAAUGGGGAGAUGUAUAGCAGUGGAUUGAAUGAAUUUGGACAAUGUGGUUAUUGCGAUGAAUUACAGGUUAAAAGCUUUCGUAGGAUACCAUUUGUGAAUGGGAUUAAAUGGGUGAAUGGGUCGUGUGGAUGGAAUUUUUCUAUUUUGGUGAAUGAGAAUAAUGAGAUUUACAGUUGUGGGGAGGGAUUGAAUGGCGAGUUGGGGUUAGGAAGAGAGAUUAGAGAAAGCAUGAAGAAAGAGAAGGAAGAGAAAGAUGUAUCGGCGGUUAGAAGAGUUGAUAUUGAUGGAGUUUUAAAUGAGAAGAAUUGGAGAGGAGAAGUGAGAAUAAAAGAUGUGAAAUCGUCGUUAGAUCAUACGAUUGUGAUGUUGUCGAAUAAUAAAACGGUUGGGUGGGGGAAUAAUAAGAAGAAUCAGAUGAGUUUAUCUGAAUUGAAAGAGGAUAAGGUUUUAUGGGAACCAGCGUUAGUUGAUAUGAAAAUGCUGAAUAAUGGUGAUAAUGGUAAUGAUAAUGGUAAUGAUAAUGAUAGUGAGGAAGAAAUGAUAGUAACGAAUUAUUCAUUGGGUAGGAAUUUUUCGAUAAUCGGGAAUAAAAAAGAUAAGAAGAUAAGAAUAAUAAGCAAGUCCAAGACGUUGGCGUUUAAUAAUAAUGAUAAUUUGGUUAUAGAAGAUAUAGAAUUUGAGGAUAUUAAGACGAUGUGGUCGUCGUUUCAUUUGUUUUUGAAUGAAAAGGAGAUUGUGUCGAUUGGGAAUAAUAGACACAAGCAGAAGUUUCCUUUGGAAGAUAUGAAGAAUAAAAGUGGAAUUGAUAUAGAUGAGUUUGAGGUUGGGAGUGAACAUGGAGUGAUAUUGGAUAAGAAGAGCAAUAGGGUCUAUUCAUGGGGAUGGGGAGAGCAUGGAAAUUGUGGAGUGAAGUAUUUGAAUGGCGAUGAUAAAGAAAGAAAAAUUGAUAACAAUUUUGAU